GACGUCACUUAGACCACAGACUAAACCCUUCUGAUGUUGGGCGCAUCUCCAAAGCGCAUGUGUCCCCCAAGUGUUGUGAUUGGACGGAGUUUAGCUGCAUUACGUCAAGUCCGAGGCGGGAGCAUGAAGUUGAUUGACCAUGAUUUCUCCGUCCUCUAGGAAGGGUAUGCUCAAGGAGAGGGCCAUGGACUUGGUCACCCAGACGACCAUCCUACCCCUGCUGUUUGGCUGCCUGGGGAUUUUCAGCCUGUUCCGGCUGCUCCAGCGGACCCGUUCAAAAGCUUACCUGAGGAAUGCUGUGGUGGUAGUUACAGGUGCCACCUCAGGUCUCGGCAAAGAAUGUGCCCGAGUCUUCCAUGCUGCGGGGGCUAAAGUGGUCCUCUGUGGACGAAAUGUGAAGGCUCUUGAGGAGUUCACCCGUGAACUUGCUGAUUCUUCUUCUUCUCAGGGACAGACACACCAGCCCUGCGUGGUGACCUUUGACCUCGCAGAUCCUGGUGCUAUUGCUCCAGCAGCAGCUGAGAUCCUACAGUGCUUUGGCUAUGUGGACAUCCUCAUCAAUAAUGCUGGCAUCAGCUACCGUGGUGCCAUUAGUGAUACCAUAGUGGAUGUGGACCGGAAGGUGAUGGAAAUAAACUAUUUUGGCCCUGUUGCUCUAACAAAAGCGCUCCUACCCUCCAUGGUAGAAAGGAAGAGAGGCCACAUCGUCGCCAUCAGCAGCAUCCAGGGCAAGAUCAGCAUUCCUUUUCGGUCAGCAUACGCAGCGUCCAAGCAUGCGACCCAGGCAUUCUUUGACUGUCUGCGUGCAGAGAUGAAAGACAGUGACAUCGAGGUGACUGUGAUAAGCCCUGGCUACAUCCAUACCAACCUCUCUGUAAACGCUGUCACUGCUGAUGGCUCCAGAUAUGGAGCUCUUCAUGCCACUGGGAACUGGGACAGCUGCUUACUCCUGACUCAGUGCACAAGGGUGCACAUGGGGUCAAGUGCUCUUUACCAUCUCCCACUGAUAGCCUUGGGAACCAGCUAGGACAGAGAUGAUAGAUCAGCCCCCAGUCACUGGCUGUUGCCCUGGUACAGAACAUCCAAAGUCAAGAAGACUUCCAGGCCAGUUCUGAUGCUUCAGUGGGUAAACAUCUGUCACCAAGCCUGACAACCUUCUGGGUUCUUUUAGAUUUAUAUAUUUUUAUGUCCAUGAGUGCUCUGUCUUCAUGCACCUCAUGAAAGGGAAUCGGAUUCCAUUACAGAUGGUUGUAAGCACCAUGUGGAUGCUGGGAUUGAACUUAGGUCCUCUGAGUUCUCAACUGCUCUUAACUGCUAAGUCAGCUCUCCAGCCCCACAGGCUUCUUAGAUGGGGGAUGGAGUCCACUUUGAGACCCAGCUAUGCUGGAUUUCGGCAUCUGCCACAGACCACCAAACACUUCCACACACUAACUGGUAUACCCAGUUUGUCAUCUCUCUGCAUCUCUUGUACCUCUAUGUCCCUGCUCCGGCCAUAACCUUGUCUCAUUUUCUCAGUGUAAUAAUCAUCUCCGGGAGGAACUCUGAGAAGUUGGUUGGCCUCAUGCCUUCUUUUUCUUUUGUUUG